CUUCGUUCCUCGCUGUGGAGAAUAGUGGCGAGGGAGAGAGGAGAGAGAGAGCGAGGAGAGAGAGAGCGAAGAUGGGAGGAGGCGGACAUGGAGGCACAACCUACAAGGGAAUAACAGUACACCAACCCAAGCGGUGGCACACCAUCACCGGCAAAGGACUGUGCGCCGUCAUGUGGUUUUGGGUCCUUUACAGGGCUAAGCAAGAUGGGCCUGUAGUACUGGGUUGGCGACAUCCUUGGGAGGGUCAUGAAGAUCACUCCCAUGGCCAUGGACAUGAUCAGGAGGCAUCCCAUUGAAAAGCUGGGAAGUGAUGACACAAAAAAGCCAGGGGUGCUAUUGCAAUGUAUCUGGAUUAUCUGUGUUCCUUUGAGUUCAAAUAAAGAUCUCUGUGAGACUUAUGAUCUCAUAACAGUAAUUCUGUUAGCUUGUAAGGAUGUUAAACAUUUUCGGUGUGCGGAGGUUAUACUUGAGUAUUCUAUUCGGUUCUUGACA